AUGGUCAGAUCACAACAGCGAUACCGAGGUGUCCGACAAAGGCAUUGGGGUUCUUGGGUCUCCGAAAUUCGACACCCCAUAUUGAAAACUAGGAUAUGGCUGGGAACUUUUGAAACGGCUGAGGAUGCAGCUAGAGCCUAUGAUGAAGCAGCAAGACUAAUGUGUGGCACAAGGGCUAGAACAAACUUCCCUUACAACCCCAAUGCACCUCAGUCAUCAUCUUCGAAACUUCUCUCAGCAACUUUAACUGCAAAACUGCAUAAGUGCUACAUGGCUUCUUUGCAAAUGACAAGACCAUCACUACCAGAGCCUCAGAGAGUGGCUUCACCAGAUGUCUUCACCUCCACGAGUAACUUCUCCAUGAAUAGUUAUGAAACUAAAACAAUGUUGCCACAAAAGAGACAAAAGGAAGAGCAUGAAGUAGAGGAGAAUUGGGUUUUCAAGAAGGUUAAGGUGGAAAGGGCUCAACAGUUCAAGCCUCUUGAAGAAGACCACAUUGAGCAAAUGAUAGAGGAGUUGCUCUGUGAUUCCCCAUCACAGGCUCUUUUAAUUCAUAAUACUUAUUGA